CUGAAAGGAGCCGGAUCUCACCUCUGCGGGGGCAAGCGGUAGGCGGCGCGGAGCCAGAGCAGAACUGUCAAAGGUCUCUGAAUGAUCUGAAGAGAUAUCCUGGAAACCACCCUUGCACUGUGCGGUGUUUGUUGAAAAAAUGUUUGGAAGAUUGACUUUUCCACAGCUGCUUUUUGCUAGCAUCCUUGGAAUUGCUGGAGGAAUAUAUAUUUAUCAACCAAUAUUUGAACAGUAUUCCAGAGAUCAGAAGGAAUUAAAAGAAAAGUUGAAAUUGGUACAAGACUCAGAAGAGAAGAAAACUUAAUACUACAUGGAGUCAAACUGUAAUUGCUUAAAGUUCCAUUGAAAUUAUACAUUGACUGUAAAUAAUGUAGUAAAAAGUUAUCAGGGCUUCCCUGGUGGCGCAGUGCUUGAGAGUCCACCUGCUGAUUCAGGGGACACGGUUUCGUGCCCCGGUCAGGGAAGAUCCCACAU